AUGGAUGCCAUGGACGACCACGAUGAUAAUGAUGGCGCAGGGUAUGCGUGGGAGAAGGGCUUCGAGAGAACGUGGGAGGGAGUCGAGGAGGACGAGCACGGCAACAUCAAGACGCGGGAGGAAGGACAGAGACGAAAUCGUCGCGUGCGGCGACGAGUGGGGGGGGAGUCCAUCAAGCGGGGGAUGAUCCGCUACCUCUACCUGGCCAUCGACCUGUCGAAGACCAUGGCGGACGGAGACAUGCGGCCGAGCAGGCUGGCGGUGACUCUCCGCAUCGUGCAGGACUUCGUGACCAACUACUUCGACCAGAACCCUCUCAGCCAGCUCGGCAUUCUCGUCACUCGCGAGGGCCGAGCGGAGAAAAUAACGGAGCUUUCGGGCAACCCCAAGGCGCACAUGGAGGCGCUAACGAAGGACUCGGACACAAAGGGCGAAGCUUCCCUCCAAAACUUGCUCGAGAUGGCGUGUACGUCGCUUCGAGCUGUGCCGGAGUACGGCAACCGAGAGGUGGUCGUUAUAUACAGCAGCUUGAGCACCUGCGACCCAGGGGACAUCCACGAGACGAUCGCCAAGCUCAAGACACACAAAGUGCGGGCCUCGGUCGUUGGACUAGGGGCGGAGAUGUUCGUCCUCCGACGGCUGACGGAGGAGACGAGCGGGGACUACAGCAUCGCCGGGGACGAGAACCACUACCGGGAGUCGCUCAUGGCGCAAUGCACGCCGCCGCCAACGCCGCCGGGCCGGGAGGGGGCCAUGUUCGCGGACCUUGUGAGAAUGGGAUUUCCGGCGGAGACCCAGGACGUGUUUCCGAGCCUCGGCUACAGCGGGAACAGGCAGGAGCUGUCGGUUUCGGGCUACAGCUGCCCUCGAUGCAAGACCAAGACGUCGGAGCUGCCGUCGGAGUGCGUAAUCUGUGCGCUCCCUUUGGUUUCGUCGCCUCACCUCGCGAGGUCGUACCACCAUCUGUUUCCCGUGCCUCAGUUCGACGAAAUUCCCGCCGCCGCCCCAGCGGCAGCAGCAGCAGCAGCCUCAGCUGGGUCUGCGGGCGGCAUGGGGUCGGGGGCCGGGGCCGGGCGAGCGACGGAAGAAGAAUCUGCUUCUUCUUCUUACUGUGCUGGGUGUUUGCGAGACUUGUCGGGGUUGCCGAGGUACCGGUGCCCCGAAUGUAGGAGUGCGUUCUGUCUGGAUUGUGACAUGUAUGUGCAUGACUCGCUGCACAAUUGCCCGGGUUGUUGCUGA